CAAUAAGACUUAUCUGAGGCCACACUCAUUUCCUCAGUCCCUCCACUAUUGUGGAAGGUAAUGAUGUAAUACAUAGGAGGAGGUUUAUGGGGGCCUUUAAAACCCUGAGUCUCCAAGUUUGCCUGAUCAUUUCUCAGCAUCCUGCCUAGCAAAGAAGCAGCUAGCUAGCAUGAUCCGAGGAGGCUUGAGCGAGGCCAAACCUGCCACACCAGAAAUCCAGGAGAUUGCUGACAAGAUCAAACCGCAGCUGGAAGAGCAAACCAAUGAGAAAUAUGAAACCUAUGAAGCCGUCGAGUAUAAAACACAAGUCGUCGCUGGAGUCAAUUACUUCAUUAAGGUUGACGUAGGGGGUGCCCGAUACAUUAUCACGAAAGCUUUCAGUGGUAUCGAUGAUCCCGGUUUUGAACUUAGUGGUUACCAGGCUAACAAAACCAGGGAUGAUGAGCUGACCUACUUCUAAGAAGGAAAUUCUAAACUUACCUGAGUCUUCUCAUUGUAAAGAGAUGUGGCCAUCAAUAAAGAAGCAUUCUUC